CAGCCUGACGACCAAAGAUCGUCUUUGCUGACGACGGCGCUGAGCGCCGGAAACGGAAUGCGGGUCUGUUGUUGAUUUGUGUGCUGGGUGAGACUCGGACAUUUCUCAGCGGCAGCACGAACCAAAGAUCUUAUAGCUAUAGGAUCUUUGGCACGAACUUUCAUCAAUUCAGGAAGUCCUAAAAUUGAGACAGUAUGGAAUCUGGGACUGUACAAAACGUGAAUCCGUCUGAUUCUGGGGAAACUGCUGGUUCGUUGGGCCGAGAUGAACCAAAAAAGAUGACUCGAGAGGACUGGAGAAAAAAGAAAGAAUUGGAAGAGCAAAGAAAGCUUGGCAAUGCUCCUGCAGAAGUUGAUGAAGAAGGAAAAGACAUCAACCCACACAUUCCUCAGUAUAUAUCAUCAGUUCCAUGGUACAUUGAUCCUUCCAAAAGACCUACUCUCAAACACCAAAGGCCCCAACCUGAGAAAGGAAAGCAAUUCAGUUUGAUUGGAGAUUGGUACAAGAAAGGUGUACAGGAGAGUCCCAUGGUUAUCAAAUACCGGAGAGGAGCAUGUGAAAAUUGCGGUGCUUUAACACAUGUGAGAAAAGAUUGCAUGGAAAGACCUAGAAAGGUCGGAGCAAAAUAUACAGCGAUAAACAUCGCUGCAGAUGAGCACCCACAGCCAAUACUUGCACUUGAUUAUGAUGGAAAGCGUGAUCGCUGGAAUGGUUAUGAUUCAGAGGAACAUAUGAGGAUUGUGGAGGAAUAUUCAAAAGUUGACGUGGCCAAGCGAACACUGAAAGCUCAGAAACUGCAGGAAGAGCUAGCAUCUGGGAAGUUGGUGGACUAUGCGCAGAAUUCUUCAAGAUCGCAGUGGGGAGAAGACCAUAAUUCAGGAGAUAAGGACAAUAGUGAAGAUGAGGAUGAAGAUAAGUAUGCUGAUGAUGUUGAUAUGCCUGGACAGAACUUCGACUCCAAAAGAAGAAUUACAGUUAGAAAUCUCCGCAUUCGAGAGGACAUUGCAAAAUACCUGAGAAACCUGGAUCCAAAUUCAGCAUACUAUGAUCCGAAAACGAGAGCCAUGAGGGAGAAUCCUUAUUCCAACACCGGGAGAAAUACAGAUGAAGUUGGCUAUGCAGGAGAUAACUUUGUGCGUUACACUGGCGACACAGUCAGAAUGGCACAGACACAAUUGUUUGCUUGGGAGGCUUAUGAGAAAGGUUCAGAGGUUCAUCUCCAAGCUGACCCUACGAAGCUUGAAGUCCUUCAUCAGUCCUUCAAAGUUAAGAAAGAAGAAUUUGAGAAACAACAGAAAGGAAGCAUAUUGGAGAAGUAUGGAGGCCAGGAGCACCUGAAUGUCCCGCCACGGGAGUUGCUGCUAGCUCAGACGGAGGAUUACGUGGAAUAUUCAAGGCAUGGCGCUGUCUUAAAGGGUCAAGAGAAAGCAGUUAUAAAGUCCAAAUAUGAGGAGGAUGUCCUGAUCAGUAACCACAUAGCUGUAUGGGGAUCCUACUGGAAGGAUGGGAAAUGGGGAUACAAAUGCUGCCACGCAUUUAUGAAAACUUCCUAUUGUACUGGCGAAGCUGGGAAGCAGAUUGCUGAAGACGAUGAUUCCAGUUAUCUACCUGAAAUUCCAGAUUCUAACCAGGAGGCAUUUGAGAGUAUACCAAAAACUUUAGUUGAGAUACAUAAAGAAAAGCUUAAAGCUGACAAGAAGAAGAAAAAGAAGCAUAGGAAAAGUCAUGGCUCAGAAAGUGAAGAGGAAGAUGCAAAAAAGAAAGAAAAACUGAAUAAGGCCCUGGUAGCUGAAGAGGCUCGUUUGAAGCAUGUUGAACUUCUGUUGCAAAUAGAUGAACGUAAACGUGGGUACAACAGCAUGUAUGAAACAAAAGAGCCCACAGAAGAAGAAAUGGAAGCAUAUAGAAUGAAACGCCAGAGGCCUGAAGAUCCCAUGGCUUCUUUCCUUGGGCAAUAAUAAAUAGUUUUUCAGUCUCAAAUUAUUUCAAUGUCUUGAUUUGUUUAACUAAACUUUGAAUACAUUUUGUAUUUUUUGUUAAGGUGAAAAUCUCCCAAUUAAUUUCUUGUUUUAACAUGUUCUCCGCUAUGAAAUAGCAGAGAUAAUUUUCCACAAAGAAUGAAUGCAAUUUAUUGUUGGUGCAAUGUUCAUAUUAUCUUACCUACACCAUUUCUAUUUUUAAUGCUUAAAUUCCAACUGAGUACAAAUUUGUGUUGUAUUCCUUCUUGUUGCAAAAUAACAGGCUUUUUUCUAAUUUAUUAUGACCCAGCAUUUGUAUGGAAUAAGAUUAAUGAUUGAAUCAUCUUAAGUUCUUGACAAUGCAUUGGAUCUGCUUUCUUCAUUUCAGACCACAGCUGAAAAACGAUGUACAAAAUUGUUCAGAAUUUAAAUUGUAAGGUCUGCUCAUUAGUUUUUCAGCAUCACUGGAACAUUGAUGUUUGCACGAACAGUUUUUUCCAUUGCCAAUUAAGUCACUAAUAAUAAUUAACAAGAUAAAUAGGCAAUCCAGAAGGAGAAAGGGUUGCAUAAUGAAAUAAUAACUAUCAGCCAAAAUGGCAAUAAUUCUUCAGUAGCUGCCUUGCUAAGUAGGUAAUUGUACAUUUGAAAGGGGGUCUUGUAUGUUUCAGUUGCGACAAAAUAGUUCCUCUUGUUUCUAUGCCUAUGCAACCAUUACCCCACCCUUCAGUACACUCAUUUCAUCCGAUGUCCAAAUAUCCCCAGUUAACUAAGAAACUGGUUAACAGUAUGAUCUUACUAAUUGUAUUGACUGGAUAUCUUGACGUAAUUAAGUACACAGUGUCCAUUGAGAUUGUAUGUUGCGAGAUUGUAUAUAUUUUUUAAACUGCUAACUUGUUUGCUUUUUAUUGUUUAGAAAACAAAGAUUUAAGAUUGCGAUUUAUCUUAUUCCUAACCUAUUUCCAUUCUUUCUCACUGCAAUAAAAUUGCCAUUGAUGUGGAUGGGCUCCCCAUUCUGCAAUAGGCUGGUCAGGCAAGU